GCGCCGGGGCUGCCUCUCACGGAUUUCAGCCCGGUGGGAGGCAGUGCCCAGAGCCUCUUUUUCCUUAUCUCACAAAACCCUAAAAGCCGAACCCCUACAACCAGCAGACAAAACUGCUCCCCGAGCUUCGGCUGUUUCCUGCUUUCCAGGCGUUUCUCCGGGAAUAACUUACUUAGUGGCACGGGGAGAAAGGUUGGGACUGGGGGGUCGGGGACCGAAACCCAAAAGAUUCCCCCAGCAUGGAGCACCCACGUUUCCAGUGUCGUGUUGGAGUGGCGGGGGAUGCACGUUGGUUUGUGCCCAGCCCGCCCCCACCAUGCCCGGUCCUCGGCGCGCUGACACGCUAGCUAGCAUGGGCGGCGGGGUGGGCGUCUCUGGGUCUGUGGCUCUGUCCUGCUCGCCCCCGCCCCUUCCUCCCGGACCGCGCCGGCGCUGUGCGGCCUUUUCCCCAGCACGCGGCGCUGCGCUCGCUUUUAUCUCGGAGCCGCGUCGCUUCGUGCGCUGCCAGCGGGGCUCAGCCAGUCGGCUGGAAUUGAGUAGCAUUCAUUGAAUCUGCGGAUUUCAUGACGUCUCUCUGCGUGGUCCACCACUUUUCUCCUAACCGGGGAUUUUUUUCUUCUGCCACUCUUAUCUUUCCCCACUUCAUUCCACCCAGUCUCCCUCCCCCGUCCCUGCCCAAACGCGCGCCCCUCCGCCCCUCCUUUGGCCCCAGCGCCCAACCCUGCUCUCCGCGCUCGGCCAGAGGGAGCCAGUCCGGAGACGGCCGCACCUGGCUGGAGAGGCUGGGCGGGCGGAGGGGUGGAGACCCGCGGACGCCGGGAAGCCGGACCUGGAGCCGGAGCAGCCGCGAGCAGAAUGGAGUCUCCUAACAGCCUCUCGGGGCUGAUGUGAAAUUUGACCAUCUGAUUCCAGUUUUUUUCUUUUCCUUUUCUUUUUUGCAUUUCCUUCCCUCGCCAUCCGUCGUGUAGUGAAUUGUUCAGUCUUGCUCCGUUUCAAGAGAGGAGAUCAUGAUUGAGUGAAGCCACCCCGUCCGCAGCCAGGAAAAGCACAAAGAAGAAACUGCAACAAUGGCCAAGCUGACAGAAUCCAUGACUAACGUCCUGGAGGGCGACUCCAUGGAUCAGGACGUCGAAAGCCCAGUGGCCAUUCACCAGCCAAAGUUGCCUAAGCAGGCCAGGGAUGACCUGCCAAGACACAUCAGCCGAGACCGGACCAAAAGGAAAAUCCAGAGGUACGUGAGGAAAGACGGAAAGUGCAAUGUUCAUCACGGCAACGUGAGGGAGACCUAUCGCUACCUGACCGAUAUCUUCACCACCUUAGUGGACCUGAAGUGGAGAUUCAACCUAUUGAUUUUUGUCAUGGUUUACACAGUGACCUGGCUCUUUUUUGGAAUGAUCUGGUGGUUGAUCGCAUACAUACGGGGAGACAUGGACCACAUAGAGGACCCCUCCUGGACUCCUUGUGUUACCAACCUCAACGGGUUCGUCUCUGCUUUUUUAUUCUCAAUAGAGACAGAAACCACCAUUGGUUAUGGCUACCGGGUCAUCACAGAUAAAUGCCCGGAGGGAAUUAUUCUUCUCUUAAUCCAAUCUGUGUUGGGGUCCAUUGUCAAUGCAUUCAUGGUGGGAUGCAUGUUUGUAAAAAUCUCUCAACCCAAGAAGAGGGCAGAGACCCUGGUCUUUUCCACCCAUGCAGUGAUCUCCAUGCGGGAUGGGAAACUGUGCCUGAUGUUCCGGGUAGGGGACCUAAGGAAUUCCCACAUUGUGGAGGCUUCCAUCAGAGCCAAGUUGAUCAAAUCCAAACAGACCUCGGAGGGGGAGUUCAUCCCGUUGAACCAGACGGAUAUCAACGUAGGGUAUUACACGGGGGAUGACCGUCUGUUUCUGGUGUCACCGCUGAUCAUUAGCCAUGAAAUUAACCAACAGAGUCCUUUCUGGGAGAUCUCCAAAGCCCAGCUGCCCAAAGAGGAACUGGAAAUUGUGGUCAUCCUAGAAGGAAUGGUGGAAGCCACAGGGAUGACAUGCCAAGCUCGAAGCUCCUACAUCACCAGUGAGAUCCUGUGGGGUUACCGGUUCACACCUGUCCUGACCCUGGAGGAUGGGUUCUACGAAGUUGACUACAACAGCUUCCAUGAGACCUAUGAGACCAGCACCCCAUCCCUUAGUGCCAAAGAGCUGGCCGAGUUAGCCAGCAGGGCAGAGCUGCCCCUGAGUUGGUCUGUAUCCAGCAAACUCAACCAACAUGCAGAACUGGAGACUGAAGAGGAAGAAAAGAACCUCGAAGAGCAAACAGAAAGAAAUGGUGAUGUGGCAAACCUGGAGAAUGAAUCCAAAGUUUAGUGCCCUAGCUGGGCAAACCCUUCUCUUCUCCCCCCAACACAAUCUUUCCUUGUCUCUCAUUCUCUUUCUUUUUCUGUCUCUCUUGCUUUGUUCUUUAUUUGUUUGUAUUUAAUUUUUACAUGACCAGAAAACAAAUCUUCAAGGUGUAAAAUAUCUACCUGCCCUCUCUCAGUUAUUCAGAUUGCCAAGGUAGACAUGGAUUUGAUGAAGGUGCAAAGUGCCCUCAUUUGUGGCCCAAGCCUGGUCUCCUCCCAAAAUACUACACACCCAACUCCUGGAGAUUUCAGUUACUUACCUGCAUGUGUUGUACAAUACCAGAUCACUCAAAAAGGUGUGUCAAAGAUUUUACCUGGGAUAUGACAAGCAAGGUUUCUGGUGCCUAUUUAUUCAUUCAGUGAGACACAGAGUGGAGCCCUCAGUUUUAUGGAUCCCAAUUCAUUUCAUCUACUACAGGGUGAGGUGCUUGCCCCCAUGUGGGUGUGGCAGUUACAGGGCCCAGGUGAGCUGAAGACAAACCACUGUACAUAUAUAUGCCUUAUGUAAUUAUUUUCUUUUUGUAGUUAGUAAUAAAACCCAGCAUGUACAAAAGUACCAUAGAACAGAACUGCUAAAUACUGUACAUAGAUGUAUCAUUAAUGUAGGUUUAGAUAUAUAACUUUAGAAAUAAGAAGCAAAAAAAAAAAAAGAAAGAAAGAAAGAAAGAAAGAUUCCUAACAUGCAGUAGGCAUUUCUGUUUUGAUGUCUGUGUUUUCCAGGUUAUUUUGAUCCAGUUGACGGCUGGCCCUUCAGUGCAUGGCCUUUGUUUGUGUCUCAGACUGGCAGACGUUAGGGUACCUCACUGUUCCCACACUGAUCCUUUCAUUGAAUCUAACAAGCCAUAGGUCUGGGGGAAAUUGAGAGGUCUGGUAGAUGGCAAAACCCACCACCAAUAUGCUGAUAUACUGUGAAAUGUUACAAAACAGAUGUCUUUUUUUAAAAGAUAACAAGGGCCUCACUAACUGGCCUGGAGGAGGGGGAAUACCAGGAAGGAAAUAUUCUCUAGCCUGUCACCAAAGGUAUGUUUUUACUUUUCACAUGAGCUCUUGCCCUUUGUAGUACAAUAAUUUAGGAAACUUUUCUGCAAAACCAUUGAUUCUCCAGCUGUAGUUUCUCUACACUCUUACAAUGAGACAUGGUAAGUUAGCAGAAGAUGGUUGGGGUCUAAAGCCAUGAAAUUCACAAAGGCAUGUAGUGAGUGGCAUGCAUUAUAAUCAUCGACCUCUCACUUUGACUCUAUCUGGCUUUCUGAGAAUGACAUCUCGCCUGUCCCUGGGGCUUAUCCAUCAGCAUUUCUUGCAUUGUGAUCUUUUAUUAUUUUCAAAUGACCAGAGUUCAGUAUUCAAAGAUUAGAUCAACAAUCUUGAUGAUUGUCUAAGAAAUGUCUCUAGAGUAUGCCACAGGUUAGAAAUCAAAUCCAGUGUCUCUCAAUCAAAAGAAAACAAAUAAAAAACUCCAGCCUUAAUUCACUUUAAUCUGCAAAAAGGAAAGACGGGAGGAAGGAAGGAAGGAAGGAAGGGUAUUUGUACUGGAAAUCUGAAUUUUAAAAUGAAAAAAAUAAGGAAACAAAUCUUAGAUCAAACCUCCGGGGCAGGUGGAGAUUUUGCACUGUUACAGAUCUUUCACAUUCAUUUUGCAUUUAUAAGCUGUUUGUUCUUUAACACAGUUGCCCAUCAUAAAUAUUCAUUGAAUGGAUCCAAGUUUAUUUUCAGCUCCUACAGCUGUGCUCAGUUUGAGGCUCUGCACCAUGGAGGUCAAAGAGAUCAAACUAGCUGUCCCUCUUUGUUUCCCUUGCCUUCCCUGACCUGAUUGCACAGGCCUUUGCUGUAGUCUGGGGACCUUGUCUACUAAAAAAGAAGUCCCAGGAUAAGGAAAGUGGCUCCUAAAUAUAACCUCGGGGCCUCUCUUCUCCCAUCUCAGAGACCUUGGAUCAGGACAACUGCCUCUUGGCACUGACUUUAAGGAAAACAAAACUGUUGGCCAUAGCCCUUUCCUGUUUGCCAGCAUUUCCUUUUUUGCAUUGAAUCUCUGUUGAAUCAUUUCUUUAUUUUGCACACUCUAAGAAGGAGGUGGUGGUCCGGGAGGAGGAAGCUCGAUACACUCCCCUUGAGGCUGCGGGGAGGAGCCAUGGCCUGACCUCUCUGCAGCCUAAUGAAGGGCACUCUUGGCUUGGGGAGCUCCCCUGCAGCCUUGCCAGGGUCGCAGGGCAGGCCAUGGCAGGCACGAAACAAGAUGGAAUAGGGGCUGCAAAAUGUCUUCUAAUUUAGCUCUUGAAGACUCACUGGGCCUUUUUAAUUCCAUUGCUAAGGUUUAAAGGACAGCGCACACCCCCGUGUCUGGUUGGAAGAGCAAGCAGCUCAGGGCCUCAUCCCUGCUUGCCUGCCCUUUAGCACAACCGAACGAAGAGCCUUGACAACACGUUGGCCACGUGCACCUGUCAGUUCUGUGUCUGUGACGGGCACCCAGAUGUGAGGUCUCUCCCUGUUUCUCACUGUCUUUGUUGUCAAUGUAGUUGGAGACAGAACUUGAACCAAAUCUCAUUUUUGUAAUGUGAGCCUCUGAAUCUUUAAAUGAGGAUGCUCCUGAAGAACCUUUUACUAGAAUGUCCCUAUCAAACAUGUCUAUUUUUCUACAGUUGUUAACACAGUUUAACAGUGUAUUUUGUGUCAACUGUUAAAAUUUGGAACUGAAAGUUCAUUGAGACUGAUUUUCUAAGCAGCGAGUAGUGAGUGAAUGGUGUUUUCCAUUAAGACAGCUCAAUAAAAUUGACCCCACAAUUUCCACUCAUUCUAUUCUGCAAUAUCCAGUCCUCAUUCCCUCAGUCACUCCAUUAGCAAACCAAGUGCAAUGAGAAUUUUUUAAAAGUCUCUUUUAAUACAACAGUAUCCAUAACUAAUGAAGAUCACUCUCAACUAGAUCCUUUGGUCUGUUUGGUUAAUGUAUUUGAGUCACUUUUCCCUAAAGCAUGGUGGGAUCCGUGAGCCAGAUAAGAAUUUGGAAUUUAAGGGUUAUGGUUUGCCACAGCUGACCUCAAUUUGACAGAACAAAGUGCUCCUGGAUGGAAGGGCAGGUUCAGCUGCAAGCAUGACCCCCCACCACAAGGCUGCUGAGUUCCUCGGAUUCUCACCCCCACCCACCCCAACAUGCUCUCCAACUGGAAGAGCACCCAUUCAUUUAUAAAUCAACUUUAUGGAACCAAUAAAAUCAUUUCUGUUUUAGCUGUCCCCUGGGUAAGCUAUACUCUUUUACAUUAACAUAGCAAAUGUCAACUUUUCUGUUCCUUCAAACAUGGCCUUCCAGCCUGGUUGUUCCAACAUAUAUCCCCUCUAUGUCCAUGAGGCAGAACUCUCUCUUCCCCCACUCCCUUCCUCCAUCUAUCCCCAUCCUUUGCUGUUUCCCUGGUUCUCCAGUUCCAAUUCUAUGGUUUUAGUUCAGUACCUUAUGUUCCCUAACAGAAAUCCAGCUACAAAUGUCAACCUAUUUCUUAAGCACAAUUUUCUCUUGCAGGUCUAACCAAGCUAGGGCUCUGAAAUGUCUAUUUUUCAUUGCACUCCAAUUUAAAAAUUAUUCAUGACUUCAUUUAAUAGUCUAAAUUUUGAAUUCUCCAGAGCAACAUUCUUAUGCUUUCCAUCCCUACAUUUUCUUACAUUUCAGGUUUCUUACUUUUUUCCCCUUUGCUUUUUUAUUUAGAUUUAAGCCAGUGUCUUUGGGAUAUUUAGAAACUACUUAAAAAGGUGGGAACUGGUGGACAGAGAAAGGGGGCAUAAGAAUGCUAUUAGAAAACUACCUGAACUCACCAGAAGAAUGGGAAAUCAUUUGAUUUGCUGAGAGAAUACAAUUAAUAUACUCAUAGUAAAUCAUUUCCAAAACAGUUUGCUAAUAGUCUGGCUACUCUUCAGUCUUUCUUUCCUUGACUUGGGUGAUACUCUGUAUGAUUUAGAAAUGUCAGGAAGGUAGUUGAAAGUUCAGUGUCCUCUAUAUAUUGUAAACAUUAUCUUCAAGGAUGAUUUCCUUUCAAUGGAUGGCUUUAACAUUGAAAAACAUAGGUAACAUAUACAUAAUAGAUGAUUCAUUGAUAUUACUUUACAAUACACUAAAAUAACAUUAUCUUGUUUCUGAACUUUAUGGCCAACCGGUAUCUAAGAAAAUGUUAGCCUUUAAUUUAAAAUUGAGUAAAGCACGCCUCUUCCUAAUAUUUCUGCCUUUAAUGUCUUGAGUGCUUUAGAUGCAGAGUGUCAUCUAGAAGUCAAAAUUCUGUCAGAAGGCUGCUAAGAGAUUUUGAUAAAUCACAGAAUGUAUAAUAAUAACAAAACAAUAUUUUACCCAACAUGGUGUGGUGUUUGAGAGCAUUAAGAGCACUUGUACAAAUUAUCUUAUUUCAUUCUUAUUCACCAUGAGAGGUUGAGUAUUAUAAUUUACAUUUUAUAGAGGGAAAACUAGGGUUUGGGCAAAUUGGCCAAGUUUAAAGGCCAGUGAAUCAUAGCUCCUUGUCUCAAAUCCAGGUCACAAGGCCCUAAGCUGUGGGCUAUUUUUACUACAAAAAAUUUCAGCAAACCAAAUCUGCUAAAAAAAAGUAUCUGGCCUGCUGCCUGUUAUUGUACCACUUGUGAGCUGAAAGUGAUUUUUACAUUUUUUAAUAAUUGGGGGAAAAAAAAGAAAAGAAGAAUAUUUUGAGACAUGUGAAAAUCAUCCUAAAUUCAAAUUUCAAUGUCCACAAACAAAGUUUUAUUGGAACACAGCCACAGCCAUUUGUCUGUGUAUUGCCUAUGGCUGCUUCCACAUGCACUCGCAGAGCUGAGUAAUUACAACAGAGACCGUGUGGCCAGCAAAGAUUGAAAUAUUUACUAUCUGGCCCUGUAUAAAAAAAGUUUGCUGACCCCUGUACUGUACUGUUAAGUACUAUUGGUACUAUUAAGUACUAGUAAUAGUACUAUUAAUAAUAGUAUGUAAGAGUACUAAGUACUAUGAAAUAUUGUACUGUACUCUUAAGAGAGUCCUAGGCAAUAUAGAAGAAUGACUUUUUUUCCAGCAUAAAUUAUUGAAAUCACUCAUAAGUCUGUUCAAAAUAACAUAACUCUUUUUUUUUCAGUUGUCAAAGAGACAACUGCUUCACAAGACUUAGAGAGCCCAGUCAUUCAGUUAGGGUCUCAAAGGAAGAAUCCUUCCUUUUCACGCCAUUCCUCCAGAGUGGCAAAUAGAGUCAACAGCCAGCCAGGAUCUAGUGGUCAACUCAGAAAGUGGAUACAGUAAAAUUACUCCUUAAUGAGCUACAGAGAAAUGGGCAUUCCCAGCCCAGCUGCUGAAAUAUUGCUUCAGUGGCACACACAGGCAUUGGAUGAUGUACAUAGCUCAGGCUGCCAGUCUCUGCUCAGCAAAGCAGCCCAGACUUGCAGUGGUUGCCACACAUCAAACCUGCCUCGCUCCUCCACAUGGCUUCUCUCUUAGGCUCUCUUGGAGGAGAGUUAAAUAGGUGGCCCAGAUGUCUCCCUCUGUUUUCUUGCUAUUUUUCUCUAGCCUACAAUUUACAACUGAUCAAGGUGAUGAAUGUGGACCUGGAACUAGCUCAUGUUUAAUUGCACUAGUUUUUGCUCUCUCUAGCCACUAAGCUAGAAGUUUAAUGUGUAAUUAAAGAACUAAAUGCUUCUUAUGGAAAACCAAAAGGUCCUUUGAAAAGAGCUCAGGGAGACACGGAAGUAUAGUAAAGGGUUGUUGGAUUUCUUGCGCUUUCUGAGUCUGAAGCAAAGACAAAGAUUGGUAAUUACAGACAUAAUGGAUGGAAAAAGUCCAGACCUUGGGGUUUUUAGAUGAGUCAAUAUUAAAUGACAUUCUUUGUGUCACUAAGCUGAACUCCCUUGUCUUCUAAGGAAGCAUUUCUAAUGCCAGAUGUAGUCAGCCAAGCUAGGUUCCUUAUCUUUUUAGUUCUAUGGAAAAACAUAUCAAGUUCUCUUAUGAGUGCUUUCCUGGAAAUCAGAUGAGAAAGAAAAAAAUGUAACAAUGUAACAAAUCAUUGUGAUGUUGUUAUAUUGUCGACAGAUAAAGGAUGGAUUUGAUCCUGCGUCUGAAACUAAGUAGGUAAUGGUAUCUACAAUAUAGAUCAUGCAAAAAGCUUGUGACCCUUCAACUGCAUGGAAGAGUGGGAGGAAACAACUAAGUGGGAGGAAACAAAUCUCAAAGUUCAACACCAUAAAACUUAAAUAAAUGUAAAAGGAGUCAAACUUUUACUUGGCCUCAUUGCCUUGGUAAAAGAAAGCUUCAUGUAUCCACCUAAUUCAAUAAGAGAGUCCUAGGAAAAGGAAGGCAAAAUACUUUUAAGGCACACAAAAAUAUUUCACUGGGGUGGUCAACAUGAUUAAGUGAUGGAGAUUAGAUUUAUCACUGAUGAAAACAGUAUUUAUAGAGUUAUUUUUAGACACUAUACCCCCUAGACGCAAAUCCCAACACGCACUGUGGUUGGCCGGAGAAUUGUGGCCACAUAGUAAACAGAUCUUGAUUUCAGAGAAUGAAAUGUUCCUACCGACUUUGUGUAAUUGCCCAUUUCAAGAUUAAGGCUCAGUGCCCAUUGUUUUAACACCGAUCAUCAAUACUGUGAUAUCAACUAAGCCAAUCUUUAUAAGAAUAUGAAGGGCUGUUUUUCUCAGGCAAUGUAAAUAUCUGCUACCAACAAGCACUAGUGAAAUACACAUGUAAUCAUCAUCGUUUCUAAAACUCUGAUAGAAAUCACAAAACAUUCAAGCAAAAGGGCAAGGUCUUCCAGGAGCCUAGGAGCAGACUUUUGGCUACAAAGAGCCUAGUCCAGGCUGAAUGCCUUAUGGAGUAUGUCAGUCUUGGGUCUUAUCACUAAACACAACUAGUAGAACUCGAUCAACUGGAGUGCAGAGAUCAGAGUUUCGGUCAGCCGUGCAUUACCCAAACCUCUGGGUCUUCAGCCAGUCUUCUUAGAAGAGGGGAAGGAGCACUGUCCUCAGAUCCGGCCAUCACGGGCAUCGCCCUGGCAUCAUCUCUCAGCAUUGCUGACUGUGGGCAUGGGUAUGAGAAAUACCCUCCCGUAGCUCAGACUUGGGCAGAACAAAAUCCUCAGCCAUGCCCACCCACUGAGGUCUCUCUAGGGGAGCUUCUCCCUGCAGGGUCUGGCUCUUGCCCAUCUGGACAAUGACCCCCUAGAAGUAUCUUCCGGGGGACCCUGUAUCUUUCAAGCUUAACUUGCCCCACACCCUUGACCCCACAGAGCACCUCCCUGGGUCAGGGAUGAUGACUAAAUUAAGACCUUUAGCAUCUGCUAAGUACAGGGGUGCCCUCCCAUGUGAAAGUCCAAGUAAAAUAAAUGGAGUCAGGGUAAGGAAAUCCCCAAAAGUUCUGAUUUUCUCAUGGUGAUGAUCUCAGUGCUUUUCUUUUUCAUGACAUACCUAAUUCUCUUUUCUCUAGAAAGUCUCAUGUUUUGGUAUCACGAUGCCAUGGGCACAGACUGUCAUCAGGCCAAUGGCAGAACUCUCUCCAGAUAGUCUGACCUGGUCCCUCUUUUUGAGUAAGGCUGGGAGUUUGGUUUGUUUGAAGCCACCCCACAACCAAUAGAAUCCCACCCUGGCUAAGAAAUCUCACAAGGCCGGGUGCUGUGGCUCACACCUGUAAUCUCAGCACUUUGGGAGGCCAAGGUGGCAGAUCACCUUGGAGUUUGAGACCAGCCUGGCCAAUAUGGUAAUACCCCGCCUCUACUAAAAAUGUGAAAAAGUUAGCUGGGCAUGGUAGUUCCUGCCUGUACACCCAGCUACUCUGGAGGCUGAGGCACAAGAAUAGCUUAAACCUGGGAGGGGGAGGUUGCAGUAAGCUGAGAUCAUGCCACUGCACUCCAGCCUGGGCCACGGAGUGAGACUCAGUCUCAAAAAAAGAAAGAAAAGAAAGAAGGAAGGAAGGAAGGAAGGAAGGAAAAAAGAUAAAGAAAGAAAGAAGGAAGGAAGGAAAGAAAGAAGGAAAGAAAAGAUAGAAAAGAAAGAAAGAAAAAGAAAGAAAGAAAGAAAGAAAGAUAGAAAGAAAGAAAGAAAGAAAGAAAGAAAGAAAGAAAGAAAGAAAGAAAGAAAGAAAGAAAAGAAAUCGCACAUCCCCACCUCUAUCAGGGUCACCAAAUGAAGGCAUCAAUUUCAAGUCCCGUUAUUAUCUGCAAGGAAUUCUGCAUUGCAGCACUUACAGACACAACUUAUGCUGUCUCCUGGUGCCCACACAGCUUUCGGGUGAUGGCAGAUUGUCAGCCAACCAUUCCCCCCAGCUGCUCUCUCUUAAUUUGCUCCCUCAUCUCACCACGAAAACUUCACUUUUCCUGGCACCCCCGUUGGAAGGUUAAUUUCAUUUUUGAGCAUCCACAAUCCAGCAACCUAUUAUUGGGGUUAGUCCUAUUCCUUACCACUUAAUAGCCACCACCAAUUUUAACUGAGCAUAUAUGUUCAGAGUCUAACCAUAUAUAUAUAUAUAUAUAAAAGUACAUUUUGUUCCUGCUUCGUAAUUGCCCAGAGAGUCUAUGACUGAUGGUUGGGCGUAUACAUGGUCUCAGCCCAGUAACUGACGAGAGCAGCAUAAAGUUAGGUCUUGUGCUGAAAGGACAGCUGGACUUGUCCAGUGGGAUCUUCUUGUCCUUUGCAGCAUGCCAUUAGGGGACCAGCUUGCCAAAGAAGCUCCUGAACAUCUUUAUUCAGCCCAGUGCUUCCUCGUCUUAACCAAGAGCCACACAGAGACAACAGUGAACUCACAAGUUCAUGGGAUUCCAAAAUGAUUGACUCCCCAAGUGUCUGCCUGUGUUGGCAAAGUGCUCUUUCCUUUCCCACUGUCUGCACAGACUGUACUCUGGGGAAACUCCCAGCACUUGUGGGUGCCUGGUUACCGAGGAUGUGCUUGGCUGCCAUGGUAACUCCCAGCCUCUCAGUGUGGACCACUCUCCAGCAGGCUCGAGGAGACCUGGCAGAGGCCCCAUGGGGCGGAGGCUCCCUAGGGCUGCUCCACCUGCAGACAGCCUUGGGAGAACCCAAGGUAAUGUGGAGUAGGACCCAGCACACAGGUGCUCCCUCCGCACGCCAGGUCUGGGGUAUUCCCAUCCUUUCUUCCUAAGAUGGGAUGCACUUAGGUGGCCAAAUUGCUUCUUAAAAGGCUCGUCUUCAAGCCAUCAUCCUCAUAUCACACUCAUGCCCACACUCCAGUCACAUUUGCCUUUAAAAAAUUUUCAAAAUUAUUUUUAUAUUAUCCCAUGUAACAGAUGUCCAAAGAGUUGCCAUUUUCUUAACACUAAAUAAAUUCUGCCUAGAAGAUUAAGAUUGGUCCAGAACAGGGAGUGUUUUAAUAAGCACAAAUAUAAACAAAAGCAAUUUUAAAAUUUACUUAUGGAUUCUUUCAGAAAACCUGAUUUCAAAUCAGAAAUACUCAUUUUUGCCCCCAGAGCAAAGUUCCAGAAUACUAUUUCUUCUUGAACUUGCCAUUUUCCAUCUGGCUUUAAACUUGAGAAUAGACUCCCCUAUAUUGGCAUAAAAGGUAAAGUGGAAUUUACCACUGAAACUUUCAGAGCUCAAUUUAGUCUGGCCCCAUGGACCAGGCAAGAAUAAACUCUGCUCACCAGUAACAAUUCUGCAGCCACCGUACUGAACACAAACCCUGGAGAAAUUCUGGACAUGGUACUGCUUAAGAAUGCUGGGAAUGGCAGUCAAGGGUCUGAUUUCAGAAAGAGGACAUUAAUAUUCAAAUCCCUGAACCAUGCCCACACUGUGGGAGUCAGGCCUAACAAGAUCCCAGGGUCCACAGUUUACCUGGUCAGCUUGCUGUGUCUCAUGGGGCAUUAGAGGGUAGAUGAGAACUUUCCGCAAUCUCGACAACUGCACUGUAAGAAUUUCUUCUGUGUAUUUUCUAAUUCUGUGACAACAGGCAUCAACAAAACAUGUGGCCUGUUAUCACAUGGUUCCUCCCUGUGUGCACCUUCAUAGAGAUUUUCUUUUCCUUUUCUAAAAGAAUGAGGAUUCCUCUGAAUGUUACACUAUGCAACAAUAAUGUCCCCAGUCCUUCAUAAGUAACACAGUAACAAUAUAAGCACCCUCUCCCUACAUAACACACACACACACACACACACAAAUACACACAGUCGCAUGCAUACACACACA